UCAUAAUAAUGUUGAGUCAACGAGCCCAAACGUCGAUGAAGAUGAUGAGUUAGUGGGUAUGAAAAACGACACCGUAUCAGUUAUCGAUAACAAUAAUAAUUGUUAAUUAUUAGUAUAAUAACAAACACUGCGACGGUCGUGGCCGUGGGAAGCACUAACGCCAGGCGAACCUUCUCAAAAGGGUCAACGGUCAACGGACAAACUCCCUCCAAUCAAAUAAUAGAAAUUUUAACAAUAAAAAUAAUUAAUAAUUAAAAAUAAUAAUAACGAAAAAGAAAAAGAAAAAAAAAAACUGAAGGUUAGUAAGAAUUGGAGAAUAGUUCUCCUUCAUUUUCGGUCCAUGACUGUUCUCUCGAUCCAUCAUCGUUCCUUUUCUUCCAAAAUCAAAUCCAUUUUCUUUGUUUUUCAAAACAGAGAGAGAGAGAGAUUGAGAUUGAUUUUCAGUGAAAAAAAAAGAAAACAAACUCAUACUUGAUCAUGGAAAAGUCGACGAGUAAUUCAAAAGAUGGGAAUGUGGGCACUCCCAAACACGGCCAUGAAAACACUGAUCCCAAAUCUGAAUCUCAGCUCGCCGGAGAUAGUAAGACGGAGGAGAAGGACAAUGUUAAUAAUAAUGGCGAGGAAAACCCUGCUACCAGCUGCGACUCCCAUGCCAACCUCGUUCAGAUUCUGGAAGAGAUUGAUCGAUUCCUUCAGAGUUUGAUCCAGUCAGAUGUGCCGGGGGAAGCUCCAAACUCGGUGGAGCUACUCUGUAAAAUGACGGAAUCCAUGAUCGAUAAAUAUAACGACGGACAGAGCAUUCUGAUAAAAUUCGGUAAAGACCCAGAAAACGACUCGUCGUUUUUGGACGCUUUGAGUCGAGUAUCCAAGCUUUCGAAUGAGUUGGGGAAAUACCCUGUUUUCAAUGCUAGCGUUAACAGAGCAAGCUAUGUUCUUCAGAGAGCAAUGUCGUUUUUGGAAGAAGAGUUUCGUGCUCUUCUCGAGGAUUCAAAAAACGACAACAAUAGUAAGGAUUCAUCAUCAUCAUCAACCGAUCACAAAUCCAAUGACAAGACUUCGAAACAAUCGUCGUUUAACAACAACAAUCAUGAAUAUUCCGAUCGUUGUGUUAUAGGUGGUGAGUCCGAUCAAAAACAAUCUGAUCAGGCUGCAAAGGAAGAGUUUCCUGGCUUCUCUCAAGAAACGGUUUCCAAACUAAACUUGAUCGCUAAUACCAUGAUCUCAGCCGGAUACGACACCGAGUGUUCUAUGGCUUAUAGUAUCUCUCGGCGAUCUGCGUUCAAAACCGCGCUCGAGAAACUUGGCUACGACAGCAUCAGCAUCGACGACGUACAACGCAUGCAAUGGGAAUCACUCGAAGGAGAAAUCGCCACGUGGAUCACGAUCGUCAAGCAAUGCACCGCCGUACUCUUCCCUAACGAGAUGAAGCUCAGUGACUCCGUCUUUUCCGACCACCCUUCCAUCUCCCAGAGCCUCUUCAGCAACAUGGCGCGCGCGUUUGUCGUCAAGAUUCUCGAUUUCGCCGAGGCUGUGGUUCUAACCAAGCGCUCCGCCGAGAAACUCUUUAAGUUCCUCGACAUGUACGAGACCCUCCGUGAUCUGAUUCCAGUAAUCGGUGGAGACUCCUACCCGCCGGAGAUUUCGAAAGAGAUGACUACGGAGGCUACGACGGCCAAGACCCGGCUGGGGGAAGCUGCAGUUAGCAUCUUCUGUGACCUUGAAAACUCGAUCAAGAGCGAUAAUGGAAGAACUCCCGUCCCGAGUGGUGCAGUUCACCCCUUGACUCGGUACGUUAUGAAUUACCUCAAAUACGCAUGUGAGUAUAAGGACACGUUGGAACAGGUUUUCCGGCAAUGCCAGAAAGUAGACGACGAUCAAAGUGAUCAUCACGUUGAACCUAACGUUCAUCAGUGGGCUCAGGACGAUCAAUCAGGGGAGUCCCAAACGUCGCCGUUUUCGAAACAGCUGAUGUCGAUGAUGGAUCUGUUGGACUCGAAUCUGGAGAUGAAGUCGAAGCUGUACAGAGACCCAUCACUGAGCUACGUGUUCCUGAUGAACAACGGGAGAUACAUCGUUCAAAAGAUCAAAGGGUCGAAUGAGAUCCACCAACUGAUGGGAGAUACAUGGUGCCGGAAGAGGUCGUCGGAUCUGAGGCAAUACCACAAGAACUACCAGCGUGAGACGUGGGGAAAGGCACUGCAGUGCUUAGGACACGAGGGUCUUCAGGUGAACGGGAAGGUGUCGAAGCCGGUGCUGAAGGAGAGGUUCAAGAGUUUCAACGCCAUGUUCGACGAGAUACACAAGACACAGUCAACGUGGGUGGUGAGUGACGACCAGCUUCAGUCUGAGCUCCGAGUUUCGAUAUCGGCGGUGAUGAUACCGGCGUACAGGUCGUUCUUGGGGAGGUUUAAGCAGUAUUUGGAUGCCGGAAGACAAACAGAGAAGUACAUUAAGUAUCAACCUGAAGAUAUUGAGACAUUUAUUGAUGAACUGUUCGAUGGGAAUGCUGCGUCUAUGGCUAGGAGAAGAACAUGAUGAAGAUGAAGAUGACGAUCAUAGCUCAUAAUAUGUGUUCGGUUGGUCCCAUGACAAGACAAGGUUAUUAUUAUUACUUCGAUCGAUCGGUUCUCGAAUAAACAAACCGGAUUGAAACAAUGAAUCUCUUUUGUUUUUUAAUUUUUAAUUUUAUUUUUUUAAUAUAUAUUUUUUUAUUUCUCUUUGUAUAGCUUGUAUCGUCCUUUUAAGGCAUGCAUGCAUCAAAUGAUAAUCAUCAAUAUGUAAAAUUGUAUUUCAAUUGGA